AUUCAAAAAAAUAAAUUGGAUUCAAUUAUGAAAUGUUUAUUCUUCGUUGAUAGCUCUCUUCUUUUAAGCUUAUGCCGUAGAAGCGGCUAUUGGCGUUUUAUCUGCAUCUUCCCGACCAUGAGGGGGUUCCGUUUGGGAUGAACUCGCAAAGACUCGACCCGAGGACUUCCCUCGUAGAGUGGCGUCUUUUAUAAGACUCGAGUUUCUCAGCGGAACUCAAAAAAAAAAAAAGAGUUUGAGCUCUUUUGGCUUACUUUUAGCCACGCGGGGCGGCUAUCCGCAUGUGUCCUAAAGUGACGUCCAUUUUUUGGUAAUGGGUAUACUCGAGAGAGAAGUUUGGAAUUCGACCUCCCGCGGAAGUCUUAUCGAUUCUCUUAUCAUCGAAAAAACCAAUUCUUAAUUUUUUCAACAUCGAGAAAACGAAGACUUUCUUAACCACAUGAAUAGACUUAAGGAUAUGAAACCUGCGCCUCAGAUAAAGAUGACAACUGGAACAACUGGCCAUGACAAGCAGUGGUUCGAAGAAAAGAGGUCUAUCAGGAAAGGAAUAUGGGCUUUGCUCUAACCGAAGCAAUUGCAUCCUUUGCCCUCUUCUUCGCAAGUAAGCAACUGUUUUUUUUUCUCAUCCGUAUUCCGAUCGAGUUAAAGUGUUGAUUUUCAUUCAACCAACUAUCUUUUUGAAGCAGAUAGUUCACAGUGCUCAUUCUAUAGAUACUGGAAAAGCCAACUCAUGUUUCCACUCCAUUUUCAUUACGAAGAUGUAUCACGUCAGGAUCCGUUGCUCAAACCGAAUCACGCCAACGUUAUGGAAGUUCCUGGAUCGUGUGAAAUAAGAGUAAUACCAAAAAGACCCUCGUCUUUCAUAAUCCAAAAUGGAAAAUUGGCUAUGGAGAUUCCGCGCGGUCAGAGAUUCAUACAGACACAAAGGGGUUCGACAGGAAAGUCGUUUCGAUCCAAUCAAUUCUUGGGGUCAAAUAAAGACAAAGGAUAUGUCAGUGACCUAGCACGACAAAGCACUCUCCGAGGGCAUGGAAUGUCUAAUUUUUCGGUCAGAAUCUCGAUAGUAAUGUCUCUGUUAGAUUCUCCGGUCGAAAUACGGGAAAACUCCAUUCAAUUCUCGAUGGAAACGGAGUUUUGCGAAUUCUCCCCAGAACUGGAAGAUCAUUUCGAGAUCUUCGAACAUAUUCGAGGGUUCAAUGUGACUAUUGUCACUUCGGCCAACACACAAGAUGAGACUUUACCACCGUGGAGCGGCUUUUUUCAAAAAGAUGAGGGUCAGUAAGAUGUCGGAGAAGCUAAAUAUACGAGAUCACAAACGUAGAUUGCUCGCGGCUAAAUA